CUCAUUUCCUCCCAGCGGCGGGUAGGGGCGGCCGCUGUUGGCGCCGCGCCUCCGCUCCGGCCUUAGGCCGCCUGCUCUGCCCCCGCCCCGAGCAACGAGGUGGGUGCCUGCGCCUCCCUCUUCGCUGAGGACCUUGCGGCGUUGCCCUAUGCCCUGCACCUCUUCUCCUUUCUGGACUCUUCUAGGCCGCCGCUCCGGCGCCCCCCCUCCGGUGUGAGGCGCUUCCCUCUGAGGGCCGCGCCGUCUCGUAAGGCGCUCCCUCUUCCCUUUCCUCGGGUUUCUUCUCCUCAGCCGCCGCCGCCCCCCGGGGGCUGUUGCCCGCCAUGAGUUACGGGCGUCCGCCGCCGGACGUGGAGGGCAUGACGUCCCUCAAGGUGGACAACCUGACCUACCGUACUUCCCCGGACACGCUCCGGAGGGUCUUCGAGAAGUACGGCCGUGUGGGCGACGUCUACAUCCCGCGGGACCGCUACACCAAGGAGAGCCGCGGCUUCGCCUUCGUUCGUUUCCACGACAAACGCGAUGCCGAAGAUGCCAUGGAUGCCAUGGACGGGGCCGUGCUGGACGGCCGCGAGCUCCGAGUGCAGAUGGCCCGUUACGGCCGUCCCCCUGACUCGCACCAUAGCCGGCGGGGCCCGCCGCCGCGCCGCUACGGGAGCAGCGGCUACGGCCGCCGCAGCCGCAGCCCUAGAAGACGCCGUCGCAGCCGAUCUAGAAGCAGGAGCCGCUCUAGAUCCCGCAGUCGGUCCCGUUACAGUCGAUCCAAAUCCCGGUCUCGCACACGCUCUCGGUCUCGCUCCACCUCCAAGUCCAGGUCUGCCAGGAGAUCCAAAUCAAAGUCCUCAUCUGUCUCCAGAUCCCGGUCCAGGUCUAGAUCCCGGUCCAGAUCUAGAAGCCCUCCCCCAGCCUCAAAGAGGGAAUCCAAUUCUAGAUCCAGAUCUAAGAGCCCUCCUAAGUCUCCGGAAGAAGAAGGAGCUGUAUCCUCCUAGGAACAUGGUAAUGUAUCUCAGGGUCAGCAUAUGUUGCAUGUUACUUUAUUAUAGUACUUAGGUGGGGUGUUGGGUAGUUUGUAGAGUAUUAAUAGCCUGAAGCAAGUGGAUCCUAACGGGGCACAUUGUUAGUUGGUUUUUAUUUUCUUGAGCAGUGCUUUUUUGGUUAUUGGUUUAGGGAAAUUAAUACCAAAGGGCUUUCUACAUGGAUUUUCUUUUUAAACAGAGAAAAUGUUUUAUUGAGAGAUUAAUGGCUUGGUUUUAAUAAAAUAUUGUAUGAGACGCAACCUAUGAUGAAAAAUGACUAUUUCUUACUGUAUUUAUCCAACAUCUGCAUUUUCCCCUUUAAAGCUGCGGUCUCCUGUUUGCUAAAAGAAUAUUGGCCAGUAUUGCAGAUUUUAACUGAUUUGGCUGAUCCUCCAGGGACCAGUUUCUGUGGGCGUGUAUUGGAGCAGGUUUGUCUUUAACUGUUAAAGAUACACUAUCCUUUUAUAACGGAAGAUCGGUUCAGUGGCCGUUAAACUGACUGGAGGUAAUAACUGUUCUAGAAAAGUGGCAAAUUGCAACGAGAAAACCACGGAAACUAGGUUUUUUCCUCAAGUUGACAUCUUGAAGAGGCAUCUAAGGAUACACACCGGGUGGGGAAAGGAUAGUGUGUCUUUAACCCUUCAAACUGUUUGGUCCUGUUUUUGAAAGGAAAGGGCCUAAGCUAGAAUUGAAGUUAGAUAACUGUAGCAAAAUUAGUCACCUUUUGUGUUUUGAAUGCUACUUAGAGUUUAGUUAAGUCUUUAAGAAAUACUAGUUUUAUAACUUUUAUAUAACUUUUCAUAAUCUAUUGUUGAACAGGCUGAAUUGAAGUUAAUGGUGGCUUGAUCUCCAGCCUGAUGCUUACUCUUCUUUGUAACUACAUAUUCUGAUACAGAACCUUGCAUUUGGCCUCUGAAGUAAAGCAACACAUUUGGGGGGGGAGGUGGAGCACUAUGGAAAUUCCUAAAGCUUAAUUAAAUUAGGCAAAGCCAGUUGAAACACAACUAGGAGUAUACCUGAAGUCAUCCCCACAAUCAAGAGAGACAAGGUAGAAACCUGGCUGAACUUUUCUUUCUUCAAACCUAGAUGCAUCACAUAAAUGAGAGCUUCCAUAAAGGACGCCUUUGGGGGGAAAGGAUCGCUUGAGUCUUCAGUCCCUUGGAGAGCCCUGGCCCGAGCAACCAGCUGAUGAAAAGGUUAUUUUGUAACAUUUUGUCUAACUUUUUACUUGUUUAAGUUGCGCCUCAAGUGGCAGAUUUUACAUUUUAUGUGCCAUUUUGUUGCUGUUAUUCAAAUUUCUUGUAAUUUAGUGAAGUGAACGACUACCGAUUUCAUUAUUGGCUUGGAUAUUUGAGGUAAAACUUCAUUUUUGUUUAUAUAGUGCUGACUUCUAUUUCAAAUUAAAACUGAUGGUAACUUGCUGCCUCCAGUUUCAUACUGAGGAAACGGGCAGCCAUUACAUGCUGAGUAGCUAACUCUUGUCAAAAACUACUUUCAAUUUUGUCUUCAUUCCUUAAAUAAAACCCUGCCAGACUUCAAUUUGAAACUUAACUGUAAAUGCUUUUUUUUUUUUUAAUUAUUAUUACUUUGACUUUAAAUAGUAUCUUUAAAUUCAAAUUGAUAGAAAUCUUUUCAGGUGACAGUUAAUAUUUGAAAAGGAUUGUUUUAUCAGCCUCAAUUCUAAUCUCUUCUCUUAUGUAUUUUUGUGCACUAGGCGCAGUUGUGUAGCAGUUGAGUAAUGCUGGUUAGCUGUUAAGGUGGCGUGUUGCAGUGCAGAGUGCUUGGCUGUUUCCUGUUUUCUCCUGAUUGCUCCUGUGUAACGAUGCCUUGUCGUGCAGAAACAAAUGGCUGUCCAGUUAAUUAAAAUGCCUGACAACUGCACUUCCAGUCACCCGGGCCUUGCGUAUAAAUAAUGGAGCAUACAGUGAGCACAUCUAGCUGAUGAUAUACACACCUUAUUUUUUCCAGAAUGGUAAAACUUUACCAACCUACAUAUAUGAACUUAUAUAUACGAGAAAUGUAAUGUUAAGACAAAAAAUGGUUCAUUCCUUUGUAAGUACUGAUUGGUGUAUCUUUUGCUUAAGACAUUCUGUACUAUACCCACUGUCUCUGUAGUUAAUAUUAAACAUUUUUUCUGUGUUAACUUUUCUCAA